GUCUUUCUCCUUUUCCAAGAAGCAGAAAGUAAAAACAAGCUUCUCCGAACUGUGGCUGGUGGGGGCAUUGAAGCAAUUGGCAGCUUGAGAGCUACAUGGGACAAAUUUGAGUUAAUGAUGGAGAGUCAUCAGCUAAUGAUUAAAGAACAGAUCGAAGUGAUGAAAGGCAAUGUGAAAACCCGUGUUAAUACCUACCUUCAGGAACUGGAAAAAUUUAAAGCUCGAUGGGACCAGUUGAAACCUAGUGAUGAUGUCAUUGAAACAGGACAUCAUGACGUGCUACAGAGAAGUGCUGAGAUCAUAAAGGAAAAAAAAAUUGAGUUUGAUGAACUCGAGGAUAUAAAGGAAAAACUUGUGUAUGUCUAUUUUUGUAUGAACAAAUAUCAGCAUAUUAGGAAUAGUUUU